GUUGAAUAUCUGUCACAACCCUGCGCAUUAAUCCGUACCCCUAGUAAUUACAUCUGCACAAAUUAUUCAAUACCAUUUAACCAUGGUAGACCAAACUCAUUCACUCUCAUCACCUUACCAUCACUCAUCACCCUUCUCCUGCUAUAUAACAGUAUCCCUAUACCUGUUCCCACCAUCACUUGCUUCCUCUAUCUUCUCUCUUCUCUGAAACUAUGGAGCUACUAGACAUACUCAUGCUGCUUUUAGCCAUCGUGUUCCUCUGCUGGUGGUGGCGUUACUGGUCCACCACCGGCGGAGGAGCAAAGAACCUGCCACCAGGGCCACCCGGGUGGCCAAUCGUGGGCAACCUCUUUCAGGUUGUCCUCCAACGCCGCCACUUCAUCUACGUAGUCCGCGACCUACGUAAAAAAUACGGCCCAAUCUUCACCAUGCAAAUGGGCCAACGCAGGCUCAUCAUCGUGACCAGCUCGGACCUCAUCCACGAGGCCCUUAUCCAACGCGGCCCACAGUUCGCGAGCAGGCCCAAAGACUCCCCCAUCCGGCUCAUCUUCAGCAUGGGCAAAUGCGCCAUCAACUCCGCCGAGUACGGCCCACUCUGGCGCUCCCUCCGCCGCAACUUCGUCACCGAGAUGAUCUCCCCGCUAAGGAUCAAGCAGUGCAGCUGGAUCAGAAAAUGGGCCACUGAAGCCCACAUGAGGAGAAUCCAGCAAGAAGCCCGCGACUUGGGCUUUGUCGAGGUCAUGAGCAACUGCAGGCUCACCAUUUGCAGCAUCUUAAUCUGCCUCUGUUUUGGCGCCAAAAUCACUGAGGAAAGAAUUCGAAGCAUCGAAAGCGUGAUGAAGGAUGUCAUGCUCAUGACGCUGCCCAAACUCCCUGAUUUCUUACCCAUCUUAACACCGCUCUUUCGGCGGCAGGUGGAGGAAGCGAAGAAGCUGAGGAAGACACAGGUGGAGCUGUUGGCGCCAUUGAUAAGGAAGAGGAAGAGUUACGUGGAGAGCGAUGGGAAGUUGAGGGAUCCGGAGAUGGUGAGUGCGGUGGGGGCUGCUUACGUGGACUCACUGUUCGCGCUGGAGGUGCCAGAUCGUGGGAGGUUAGGUGAGGAGGAGCUGGUGACGCUGGUGUCGGAGGUGAUCAGCGCGGGGACAGACACCAGCGCGACGGCGGUGGAGUGGGCGCUGCUACACCUCGUGAUGGACCAGGGGAUUCAGGAGAAGCUCUACAAGGAGAUCGUCGGGUGCGUGGGAAAAGGCGGCGAUGUGAAGGAAGCUGAUGUCGAGAAAAUGCCUUACCUCAGCGCCAUCGUGAAGGAGACAUUCCGGCGACACCCGCCGAGCCACUUCGUGCUAUCGCACGCCGCGACGGAGGAGACGGAGCUGGGUGGCUACACCGUGCCUAAAGACGCGAGCGUGGAGUUUUACACGGCGUGGUUGUCGGAGGAUCCGGACAUGUGGGAGGAUCCGGAUGAGUUCCGACCCGAGAGGUUUCUGAUCGGAGACGGUGUGGACGCGGACAUUACGGGGACGAAGGCGGUGAGGAUGAUGCCGUUCGGCGCCGGGAGGAGGAUUUGUCCGGCGUGGACGCUGGGUGUGCUGCAUAUAAACAUGUUGCUGGCGAAGAUGGUGCUCGCUUUUCAGUGGCUGCCGGUUCCCGGUGCCCCACCCGACCCGAGUGAGACAUUUGCUUUCACUGUUGUCAUGAAGAACUCUCUUAAGGCUGUUAUUAUCCCGAGAUCAAUUUAGUUAAUUAAGUUAGUUAAGUUAAUCAUUAGCUUAAUUAACAGUUAGUGAUCAAGUGCUUGUUCAAUGGAAUUCAAGGGCGGGAAAACGAUUAUGUGCGUCAAGGUGAUAUAUCUAUUAUUAACACCUAAUAUACAAGUGUAACAUACCAUCAAUUUUUUAUAUAAGCAUUUCAUUCCCAUGUGCAACUUUAAUUUCUCUUUAGGG